AUGACGCCGUGGAACAACGCGUCUCCAUCGCCGGGAAGGUUGUCGCCAUGGCAGUCGCCGGUUGUAACAACUUUGCCGGACGAGGCGUCAUUUGGAUGCAUUUCCACAAUCGUCAGACAAGUCGGCCAUGUUUACGCCCUCGCGAUUUCGUCUGCCGACGGUCUACUCUAUACAGGGUCCGAGACCCAGAACAUCCGGGUGUGGAAGCAACCGAGUUUUAAUGAGAGCGGUUGCCUGAGAUCGGGAAGCGGGUCCGUAAAAGCAAUUGUGACCUUUGGCAACAUAAUUUUUAGUGCCCACAGCGACCACAAGAUCCGGAUAUGGAGAAGGGGACAAAGAAUAGGGACGCUCCCGACAGUAAAGGAUAAGCUCCAGAGCUCUGUUUAUCCCAGCAAUUUCAUUCGCGUCCGUCGGCAUCAUAAGGCUCUGUGGAUCAAGCACAUUGAUGUAAUUUCUUCGCUGGCUGUGAACGAGGAACAAGAUGUAUUGUAUUCUGGGUCGUGGGAUAAGACUGUUAAAGUGUGGAGGAUGUCCGACUGGAAAUGUGCUGAGUCGAUUCACGCUCACAACGACGCCGUCAAUUGUCUGACCGUCGGACCCGGCGGGUUACUCUUUACCGGUUCGGCAGACUGUACGGUUAAAGUGUGGAGAAGGUUGAAGGUCAAGCAUAUUCUCAUGCAGAGUCUCGAUCUUAAGCACUCCGCUGUAAACGGUGUCGCCGUGAGUGCCGACGGAGGGAUUCUGUAUGCUGGCUCCGCUGACGGGAUUGUCAAUUACUGGGAAAAAGAGAAGAGUUCGAACUCUAUGCAGCAUGCGGGAUUCCUUGGAGGCCACAGGCUUCCCGUUCUGUGCGUUGCAACUGUAUCGAAUCUUGUAUUGAGUGGGUCGGCGGAUAAGACAAUACGGGUGUGGAGAAGGGAUGCGGGAACAUUGCAUACCAGCUUGAUAGUGCUGCAGGGCCAUGGUGGACCCGUUAAAUCCAUCGCGGCCACUGUCGACGAUUUCAAUGGGUUUGCUUGUGUUUACAGCGGGAGUCUCGACCGCUCGGUGAAAGUGUGGCGGAUUCAGUGUGAUAAUGCGGCCGGGUGCUGCAAAAGAAUCCAAUGCUGUCGGCCAGCUGGGUCCAAUAAAAGUUGGGCUCCUAGAAACCUCUCAUAA